UCAUUCUGAUUUUAUAGAAGAAAACAUAUUCUAUUUCAGUUUGAAGGAGGAUUUCAUUUAAUAAUGUAUUCAGUUCCUCGCUCCCUUUCUGGAAUGGAAGGAGAUAAUGGACAUCCUAGGAAAUUUAUCUCUUUCCUUUUUAUUUUUGGCAUUACAUUGUUAUGUGCUGGAUUUUUGCUAUCAAUGUUUGUUUUGCAAACAUGUCCAAGUGGAGCCUUUGGUGACUGUAAGGGAGCUUUCAAAAUCAUUGGGCCUCUGCUUGCAGUUGUUGGACUAGUUUGCAUAAUUUUGGCACAAUCAAGAGCCAAAGAUUAUCUCAGAGAUGUGCAAUUGCAAGAUGAUCAGGUAUAUGGAUUUGUUUUUUGUCGAGGAAAUUGUCAGUUUGCUCAGUUCCUCGUCUUUGGGUUUUUAUUUUUAACAAGUGGGAUGCUUAUUAGUGUCCUUGGCAUAUGGAUUCCGGGAUGCAGUCAAGGAUGGCGCUAUCAGCAGUUUAACCAUAGCAAUACUUCUGGUAUUGAACUCCAGGACUGUGGAUUUCAUUCUGUUCAAACUAUGGGCCCUUUAAUUGUGCUUAUUGGAUUAUGUUUCUUUGUGAUAGCUCACAUUAAAAAGAAACAAAACUUAAACCUCAUCCAAGAAUCUUCAGUCAGUGAAGAACAACUGAAUUCUGAAUCAUUUCAAGUUACAGUAGGAGAUACUGUAAUGAUGUUUCCACCACCCCCACCACCUUAUUUUUCUGAUUGUUCACCGCAGACCAUAACUCCUAGCUUGGUAACAAGUGAACUUAUUUUAAAUGAAAAUCCUCCACCAUAUCACAGUAUUUUUAUUAAUUGAGCAUUGAGUUGUGAAUAAGAAGCCUACAGAGAGAAUGAGUUCCACAGUAUCAGGAAACAGUUUGCCUUCUAAAACUUAAUCAGUUCAUUGUCAUUCCUCUGAGUCAUCUCAGAAUUACAAAGCAAAAGAAGCAGCUGUAAAUAAUGAAUGUGUCUUAUUUCCCUUCCAUAACUCAGCUAAUCCAUUACCAUCUGCUUAUCACCAACUAUAAGAAAUUUUCAGAGCUGAAGCAGAAAGACGGGAAGGAACAGGGAUAAAC